AUGGCUGAGGCAACUCGUUCACAGAAAACAGACACCGUGUCGGGCGCUCCAGCGGGGGUGUGCUCGCGGCUGGCGCAGGCGACCCGCGUUGCCAUUGCGGAGGAGGAGGGUGGCGUGCGAUUGGAGCAGCACUUCUCUGUACGUUCUCAAGAGUUGAGUGGGGCUUCCAACCCUGAAGCAGCGUCGGCGAUCGGCCCUCCGCGCCUCUCAGGAGCCACCAAAACCCAAUCGCCGAAAGUCGCACGGGCGACUGCGUUCGCCAAAGAGGCUUCCGAACGCCGAGAGUCGCUUCCAGAGCGGCGGUGCAAAGAUAUUUCAGCAGCGUGGGCACUCAGCACACUGAUGCUUGUAUGGCUAAUCCUCGUAAGCGCCGGAAUUCUGAGCAUCCUCUUGGCCUGGACGGCGAUCAGGGCCGUAGAGAGCGCGGAUCGCGCCGGCGCGCUUAUACGUCACGCCGUUCGGGAGCUGAGUAGCAAAUGCUCUGUAGCAGCAAACGAGGACGAACUCUGGCGGUGCGAAGAGGCGGCUAACCAUCAACCAGCAGUGCAAACCACGAAUAAAUGCUUCUAUUCUUUUGUGCCGACGGUAUGGCAGCCGCACGCUGGUAGUGAGCGGCUACCUGCUGAAAAGAAUGAGCUGAAUGCUGACGGCGGAAGCGCAUCGACGCCCCCAACACCACAGAGUGAAGAUACUCCCCAGGUGAUGGGGACCCAACCGCUCGCGUCGCGCUUUGCCUGCAUGGCCCUCUCCACAGCUAAGAAAAUCUUGCGCUUUCCUUUCGUUGCCGUGAAGCGUGUGAGUGCGUGGGCGAGGAAGCUCUCCUGCGACACAUGUGCAAGCCCCGGCGUGAGGAGUGCUUCCAACGAAUACCAGCACGAAGCCGUGAACUCUACCGACGGACACUUUGAAACCCGGUCUAACAACUUGUUCCCUGCGUUGUAUGACCUUUCCAUCGCAGCGGAACGCGUCCGUGAGUUUACGUCCUCCAUCGUCACACUCGGGACAGUCACCUUCCUCAUUUCGGGGGUAGGAGCUCUUUCUCUCAGCUCCAUCAUCAUCAGUACACAUGCCGGUCGCCAGUGGAUGGCCUGGACGCUGAUGCAGACCGCACUCGCCGGCGUCACCACGCUUGGGGUCGUGUGCGUGCUCCAGCCUAGGUAUGUGUGGGCGCUGGACAUCAACGUGCGGUCGACCUAG